GAGGUCAAACACUUUCUCAACGUCCGCCAUUUCAGUUUGAGAGUUGGAUGUACCGAGCGAAACAGGAUAUAUAUAAAAACACACACAUAUAUAUAUUUUAAACAAAGAAGUUUGUAUAUAGAAGUAGAACGACUUUACAAGUUAUUUGCUGCUGCUUUCUGAGUGUAGAAAGUGUUGUAAAGUGUUCGAGUAGAGCGGCUCGAUGCGGGUUUGUGUUUUCCAAGCAGGAGCUUUUCUGUGGGACGCAAAGUUUUUGUAUGAGUUGAGUCCGGAUCACGGACAGGAGUGAGGGCGAAACCAGGCCUGGAAAACACCCUGAAUUCAGACAUGGCUGGUCAUUUUGACGCUGAGGAUCGUGAGAGUUGGUAUUGGGGGCCUAUGGACCGUAAAGAAGCGAUAUCGUUGCUGCAGGGUCAAAGACACGGGACGUUUUUGGUCAGAGACUCGACUACUAGCAAAGGGGACUAUGUGCUGUCUGUGUCGGAAAACUCCAGAGUCUCGCAUUAUAUCAUCAACAGCGCAAGCAACAACAGACAGUCUGGAACAGGUCUGGCUCCAUCUCGAUUUCGGAUCGGUGACCAGGAAUUCGACACUCUCCCAGGCCUGCUGGAGUUCUACAAAAUCCACUACCUGGACACCACAACGCUCAUCGAACCCGUCCCGGCACGUUCCAAGCAUGCCAGCCUGAGCGGACCGGUGUCCACCGGUGUCCCUGCCAGACAAGACGAGUUCGAGUUUGUGCGUGCACUCUUUGACUUCCCAGGCCAUGACGAGGAAGACCUGCCGUUUCGCAAAGGUGACGUGCUGCGUGUGAUCGAGAAGACUGAGGAGCAAUGGUGGAGUGCUCAGAAUGCAGAUGGACGCAAAGGCUUGAUCCCUGUGCCCUAUGUGGAGAAAUACAGACCGGCAUCACCGACCACUGUAGGUGGGGCUCCUGUAGGGCAGGUGGUGUCUGCUGUCGGUUCACUGGAAGACAAUGGAGCUCUGAUUCCUGGGAAGCUGGAUUACGCCCACCCUGUGGUCAACACACCACUGCCCAACCUCCAGAACGGGCCUGUGUUCGCCAGGGUUAUCCAGCGGAGGGUGCCCAAUGCAUAUGACAAGACUGCACUCACACUCGAGGUGGGUGACUUUGUGACGGUAACAAAGAUCAACGUGAACGGCCAGUGGGAAGGAGAGUGCAAGGGAAAGAAAGGCCACUUCCCCUUCACACACGUUCGCCUGCUCGACCAGCAACAAUCUAUGGAUGAGAGCUGAGACACACACACACACUCUCUCUCUCUUUCUCUGCCACAUUGUUUUUUUAACACUUUUUUUUUGGUUGUUGUUGUUAUUUUUAUUUUUGAGUCUGCUCCAAGAUUCAACAUCUAAAAACCAGACCUGGCCACAUCAAUACUGGACGAUCCUCACACUGCAAACACACAUCAUUAUCAAGCUUCACUUAACACACAGUCAUUAAACAAUAGUGUGUAUACACAUCUGCGCUACAGAGCACCAUGCAAUGAAACACACAGGUGGGCACAGAUUAGACAGAACAGUGCCUGGUAAAUGAGUUCAUGUGCUCUAGGAAUGUUUGGAUGAAGAGAUGGACUGCCACAGUGUUUCUCAUCUGAAAUACAAAGGCUAGGUUCGCACAGCUGACGCUUAGAGCGACGUCCAGAUGUGGUGGCAACAUGAUCAUUCACCCCCUGUACUGAUGGGCAGAAACUACCAUGAGUGAAAAAUAUGUACAUGUGCCAUUACAUCAUCAAUGUAUUCCUAUUUUAAUGACUUGCUUUUGAUUUUGUUUGAGAAAUUAUAAUUUUUUUUUUAAACAUUAGUAUUUUACCCAUUUAUUAUUACUGACUCGAUGCAUUUCCAUAGGAUUCUUUCAGGAAUAUUUGCUUGUCUCAAAGAUGACAAAACUGGAAUUCCUCAGGAGAUUUUGGGACUUCACAUUCCAAGUUUUUUGUUUCUUUUGCAGACAAUGUAGAGACAAUGCAACCUUAUUUGCACAAACAUGUUCAUGAAACAACAAGAUGAGCUCUCUACACUCCCAUCCACACCCACACGACCCCUGACCGCACCCAUAUGCUCACACACGACCCCUGACCGCACCCAUACGCUCACGCACGACCCCUGACCGCACCCAUACGCUCACACACGACCCCUGACCGCAUCCAUACACUCACACACGACCCCUGACCGCAUCCAUACGCUCACACACGACCCCUGACCGCACCCAUACGCUCACACACGACCUCUGACUGCACCCAUAUGCUCACACACGACCCCUGACCGCACCCAUACGCUCACACACGACUCCUGACUGCACCCAUACGCUCACACACGACUCCUGACCGCACCCAUACGCUCACACACGACUCCUGACCGCACCCAUACGCUCACACACGACCCCUGACCGCACCCAUACGAUCACACACGACCCCUGACCACACCCAUACCCUCACACACAACCCCUGACCACACACAACCCCUGACCGCACCCAUACCCUCACAUACAACCCCUGACCGCACCCAUACCCUCACACACUACCACUGACCGCACCCAUACCCUCACACACAACCCCUGACCGCACCCAUACCCUCACACACAACCCCUGACCGCACCCAUACCCUCACACACAACCCCUGACCACACCCAUACGAUCACACACAACCCCUGGCCACAGAUACUCUCACCAUGCCUGCCAUUUGCCACAAACAUUGACCACACCCAUAUAUUUCCUAAUGCCUGCUCACUGCCCAGGAUUCGAGGCAUUCACCUACUCAAGACUCAUUUGCUAUUUGCUGACAAAAAAACUGAUAACACUCAACUGCUCCAUUGUAUGGCCACACCACACCCAGCUUCCUCAGAAACUGGCCACAGAAACUGACCGUGCCCCAUAUCUUUAUUGCUUGCUUACUCUCAUGGACACAGACUGCACCCAUAGACACUUUACUGUAUCCACCCAGUUCAGAAACUGACCACACUCAUCUACUUUCAGCAGAAACUGACUUUCUGUCCCUGUGCAUGUCCACAUUUCGUCUUCAUACUAAAUUCCGUAACACCGUAAUUCUUCUAUGCCAUAAGAUCAGAUCCACAGACGAGCUCUACUAAGCUAUAACUUUGAAUCUCAUCUCCCAGAACAAGUGAGAACACUUUUAAUAGCAACUACAUUACAUUUGAGGUUCCCAAAUUCACACCUUUCACUUUAAGUGGGUGUUUGAGUUACCACUGUGAGCAGUAACAUUUAAUCUGCCUCGUUAAGGAACUUUCCGUGACAUACAAAAAGAUCUUUGCGUUUAAAGAGAGGCAGUACAGACAGACACAGACAGGUGGAGCAUGCGGGGGUGUCGUCCCUGUCUUGCUCUUCUCUUUCUGCUGAGUAAGUGACACGAAAAGAGCAGCACACAGUCACAGACGGAUCAGGACGCACACUCGUUUCUUCAGCGUUUACUUAAACAGGUCCUUUAACCAGAUUUGGUUUGGAAGUGCUCAGGAGGAAAACCUGCAGCUACAAGCUAGAAUUAGUAAGCUUUCAUUCGUUUAGGAUGUAUAAAUGUUCCAAUACGAAGUCUUCUGGAGGCUAUUUAUGAAUAAUACCAUUAAUUAUUUUAUAUAAUACAAUCCCUUUCGGAUCUAAUUGUGUUUUGAUCUGAAAUUAAAUUUUGUGGUUUGCAAAAGUGCAAGUUUAAAUCUGAAACUAAAUUUGAAAAGCAUUUCCUCUAACUUGCAUUUCAAUUCAAAUUUCUAAUAGCCUAAUUCUUAUGCCUUAAACUAGUACUUUACUACAUAAAGAUGUAAUCGGAUGCGUUUAUAAACCAUUCCCUUAGAGAAAGAAACUACUCCAAAUCUAGAAGAUUUCCAGGUCCUUCAUUUGUCCUCUAAUCGUAAAAGCAAGGAUGUUUGUAUAGCGGUUCAGGGAGCUGAUGGCUAAUUAUUUUCCUAAAUGAAAUGUCAGUAUUUGCCAGUGCUUCAGCAGUGUAUAUGACCCUAUUACUUCUAUAGCAUGUUAUGUGCCUUUUGUCAUUCAGGACACUACAGAGAUCUAACACCUGCCAGACAGUGCAUCAUGACAGCUUUGCAGCUGCAAGGUUGCGUACAUGAAAUAAACAGGACGUGACUAAUAUCUGUCAAAAUAGACGUCUCCAUACUUCUUUUAAUGCCGACUCACAGACUUUCUCUCCAUAUGUCCUAACGGGUUUGUUCGAAUAAAGCUCCAGCAAGCCCUGAUUAAUUCUGAGAGCUUACCUUAGCAUGGCGGUAGAUGUAGUUUUAGUUUGUUUUGAAUAAAUGAGAUCCCGACAUGCGUGAACAGAUCUUUGCUUGCUGUUGUAACGCAAGUGGCCACUUUAUAUAAUGACGCAGUAACUAUACACUUCUUGGACAAUGGUGAGGAGAAUUCGGUGACGAGGUGUUAAAACACAGUACUGAAACUAAGGUUUGGAUGACUGUAUGAUGUCAGUAUCGCAGCAUAUUGACGUCAUGCUGUACGUCUGGCUCUCACGUGCAUCAUCAGAUAUCCAGAAACUCUAGUUAUUCGCUGUAACAAGGAACCAUACAGACAUUUUUGUUGUCGUUUCAUUUUCCCUGGAUUAGACGCUUCCAAUUUUUGUACAUUUUGUAAUGUUUUCAUUUUUGUAAAUAUUUAAAAAUGUGUGAACUUCGUGUCGAUGCUUUGUUAGACGAACGUCAGCAGAAUUCAGUUACGAUCAUACGGUUAUUUGUGAAAAAGUAUCAUGGUACAUAAUAUUUACACCUGGUCCGCAUAGAUACGCCAAGGUUGUUGGGUCACCUCAGCAAAGACGAUGACCUUGUUUUUCUUUUUUCUUUCUACAUAUUUUGAGGUGAAAAUGUAAUGAAAGUGUUUUCUCCUGAUUGCGAUGAGGCCGGACUCUAUACCACUGUUUCCGUUAUUUUAUUUGUAUUUCCAUGUCCUUUGUCAAAAAAUCACUCCUUGUACCACUUUGUGCUUUUUAUUAGUCCUGAUCAAAAGGGUCGAUACUGUACUGAGAAAAACAAACACUUUAAUCCAGAGAAAAGAGACGAAACCCGUCUUCACUGGCCCGUCUUCACUGACUAGUCCACUCGGUUUUAUGUUUAAAAAAAACUCCCAAGAUGCUUGGCUACACAAAUGUGUAUUUAAAUGUUUUCAUAUGUAGGUAGUAAAGGUUACAAAAUUUCUAGAGAAACAGGAUGUUUAGUAUAAAAGUCCUUUGUCGGACACUAGGAGAGCGAGAUGCUUUUUUGCUUUAGUAGCUGUUAUUGCAUAUAAAUACACUGCAGUAUGUAUGUGUACACACACACUUUUUGAAAAUUUGAAAUAACAUAGGAAAGACGUUCUUUCAGCAAGUCUCAGACUACUUAUAUUGAUUUGGUUAAAGAGGAUGAAAUUAUCUGGGAAAUUCCACCUUCUGUUGGGAUGCAUCAUAUAUAGUUUUAAGUGUGUUUACAGUAAUUAAAACAAGCAAAUAUUUCAUCCUUACAUAUACUUUUCUUCCCAAAGUGGUUGAUCCUUCAGUGCGACCACAAAGCAUCUCAUUCAGGAGGUCUGUUAUUCACAAAAGUUCAAUAUGGAACAUUUUUAUUCACCACAUUGACUUUGUGGUAUUAUGCACCUUACCUCCUUAAUCAACCCCAACUUUUUUUCAACCCUAAUGUUCUAUAGAAAAUGCUUUGCUUCCAUUUCCUUUGCAUGGAAGAGGAGUGGAAGUUGUUUAUAUCGACUUAAAGUGCCACUUGUAUUAAAGUUAGCAUUUAAAGUCUAGAUUUUCAUACUGUAUCAUGGGCCAUGUAAUGUGUUACUGUAUUUAGUAAAUAAAACAUAUCACCAAA